UCUACUUCGCUUUGUGAAGUUUGUGAUUUGUGGAUUUUAGAAUAGAUUGAAAUAGAUUUUCUUAUUAGUUAUUUAUAAUAAACCUUAAAAAUGCCGGAUCAUUUAGGAGAUGAUAUGAGGAAAGUCAAGGAUGAUAAGGAGGAACCAGAGAAGGAAAUUAAAUCGCUGGACGAAGGUGACAUAGCUCUUCUAAAGUCCUAUGGGCAAGGGCAAUACACAAAGAUCAUCAAAGAGGCGGAGGAAGGUAUUCAGACCGUGAUGAAGAGGGUCAAUGAACUCACGGGUAUUAAGGAAUCAGACACAGGGCUGGCUCCUCCAGCAUUAUGGGACCUUGCAGCUGAUAAACAAACUUUACAGAACGAACAGCCAUUGCAGGUGGCAAGAUGCACAAAGAUCAUCAAUGCAGACUCAAAUGAUCCCAAAUACAUAAUUAAUGUGAAGCAGUUUGCCAAGUUUGUGGUGGACCUCGCAGAUUCAGUCGCUCCCACGGAUAUUGAAGAGGGCAUGAGGGUUGGUGUUGACCGCAACAAGUAUCAGAUCCAUAUCCCGCUGCCUCCGAAGAUCGAUCCAACAGUCACCAUGAUGCAGGUUGAAGAGAAGCCGGAUGUGACUUACAGCGAUGUUGGUGGGUGCAAGGAGCAGAUUGAAAAGCUCAGGGAGGUCGUCGAGACGCCGCUCUUGCACCCCGAGAAAUUCGUGAAACUCGGAAUUGAACCGCCUAAGGGAGUGCUCCUAUUCGGGCCCCCCGGCACCGGCAAGACACUAUGUGCUCGCGCUGUCGCUAACCGCACUGACGCCUGUUUCAUCAGAGUUAUCGGUUCGGAGCUCGUCCAGAAAUACGUGGGUGAGGGCGCACGUAUGGUGCGCGAGCUGUUUGAAAUGGCGCGCAGCAAGAAGGCCUGUCUUAUAUUCUUUGACGAAAUCGACGCCAUUGGAGGUGCUAGAUUCGACGAUGGCGCCGGCGGCGAUAAUGAAGUACAAAGAACCAUGUUGGAGCUGAUCAACCAGCUCGACGGCUUCGACCCUCGAGGCAACAUCAAGGUCCUAAUGGCGACCAACCGUCCGGACACGCUGGACCCGGCGCUCAUGCGUCCGGGCCGCCUCGACCGUAAAGUCGAGUUCGGUCUGCCGGACCUCGAGGGCCGCGCGCACAUCUUCCGGAUCCACGCGCGCUCCAUGAGCGUGGAGAGGGAUAUACGGUUCGACCUGCUGGCCAGGCUGUGCCCUAACUCUACAGGCGCUGAAAUUAGGUCUGUGUGCACCGAGGCGGGCAUGUUCGCGAUCCGCGCGCGCCGCAAGGUCGCCACCGAAAAGGACUUCCUUGAAGCUGUGAACAAGGUCAUCAAGAGCUACGCCAAGUUCUCCGCCACCCCUCGCUACAUGACCUACAACUAGAUUGGUUAAUUAUUUAAAAAUAAAUAUAUAAUUGUGUAUUCAUA